GAUGUCCGAGGAAAAGAGGCUAAUAAAGAAGGUCCUCGGCGAUUACAAAGAAGUCGGUAAAGUGGGAAGACCAGUAUUUAAUACGUCCGAAACAGUUCGUGUCAGUUAUGGUUUGGCUCUAAUCCAAAUUUUGGAUUUGGAUGAAAAGAAUCAAGUCUUAACGACCAACGUCUGGAGCAGAUACAGUUGGACGGAUGUUUUAUUGAAAUGGAACCCAGAAGAGUAUGGUAACGUGAAACAAAUUCGCGUUCCUGUUGAAAACAUAUGGACACCCGAUAUUGUGCUAUAUAACUACGCUGAUACCAGAUUAAAGGAACAAAGAGACGCCCUUGCGGUUGUAAGCUACUUGGGUGAAGUUAUGUGGAUACCCCCAUCGAUUUUUAAAUCAACUUGUCCAAUUGAUAUUACUCAUUUCCCUUUCGAUAUUCAAAAUUGUACACUGAAAUUCGGUAGUUGGACUUACGAUGGGUGGAAGCUCGAUCUAAAAUUCUACAACGACAUUGAGGAGGUCGAUCAGAGAGAUUAUAUAAAAUCGAACGAAUGGCGAUUGCUAGAAGCACCCGCCAUCAAGCAUACUAAAUAUUACCCUUGCUGCAAUGAACCUUACCCCGACUUGACAUUUAUAAUAAGGGUUAAGCGGAUCGCUGCUUUCUAUAAUUAUAUUCUAAUUCUACCCUGCGUUCUACUGUCCUCGUUGACUCUUGUCAUUUUCUGGCUCCCCCCCGAAUCUCCGGCAAAGAUGAUUUUGGGUGCUUAUUUCUGCCUGAACAUGGUCUUAAUCACUUUGUCGACAUUCUUGUCCGUUAUCGUUAUCAAUUUAUACUUUAGAGGAGACAAAAAAUCAAGGGUACCAAGGUGGUUGAAAAAAUUUAUGGUCGAUUAUCUUGGCCGAAUGCUAUGCAUGAGGGGAGAACUAAUUCAAUCGGAGGAGCAAAGCAAACACGAUUUCGCUAUUCAUUUAGACCCAGGUAAAAAGUCGGACAAAAAGCGAAUUCGAUGCCCAGAAUUGAAAUACAAUAAGUUCCAAGUACCACAUCCGGACCAAUCGAAGGAAACGACCACAUUACGUGGAAAUUGUUCGACUAGACAAGCUCAUAACAAUUUAGCGCAGACGACAAUAAUUGAGAACGACGUAAAGGAAAUAAAACGUAUUCUCAAGUCAUAUAUGAGCAGAGUUCAUGACAAAGAUGCUCAAACGAAAGUUAUCAAGGAAUGGAGAAUCGUUGCUCUAUCUUGGCACGAUAAUUUUCUAAAAUGGGAUCCAGCAGAUUAUAUUGGAAAUAUCAAAAAAGUUCGCGUACCUGUUGAUACAAUAUGGACUCCGGAUAUUGUUCUUUACAAUUAUGCGGAUGAACGCCUCAAAGAACAUCGUGACGCUUAUGCUAUUGUAAAUCAUGAUGGAAAUAUUAUGUGGAUUCCCAGAGGCAUCUUCAAGAGUACAUGCUCCAUUGAUAUUAGAUAUUUCCCUUUCGAUAUUCAGGAAUGUAGAAUGAAGUUUGGGAGCUGGACUUAUGACGGUUUCAAGCUAAAUAUUGAUUUUUACGAGGGUCUAGAAGCCGUUGAUAUAACGGAAUAUGUGGCAAGUAACGAAUGGAUAUUGCUGGCUCAUCCUGCAGUUAAAAACGUCAAAUAUUACCCUUGUUGCGCAGAACCUUAUCCGGAUUUGACAUUCGCUUUCAAAUUGAAGAGAUCAGCCGCCUUUUACAAUUACAUUCUCAUAUUGCCCUGCGUCCUUCUCUCCCUAUUAACAUUAGUUGUAUUUUGGUUGCCUCCCGAAUCUUCUGCAAAGAUGAUUCUUGGUAUGAAUAUUUUUGUAGCCUUCUUUCUCCUCUUAAGGAUUUUGGCUGAUUGUACGCCUCCAGCCAGCCACUCUAUUCCAUUAAUUGGGGCCUAUUUCUGCCUAAAUCUCGUUCUUAUAACUUUAUCGACUUUUCUCUCGGUCAUCAUUAUAAAUUUAUACUUUCGAAGCGACAAGCGUAAUCGUGUUCCCCUUUGGUUGAGGAAGUUUCUAGUAGAAUUUAUCGGUGGAUUUCUCUGUUUGAAAGGUGAAUUAGGUCUUGGUAAACGAGGCGAGCAAAUGAUCAUAAUUGAUUCGCCUGAUGGAAGACAAAAACUAAAAAAAAGAAUUAAGUGCCCCGAAAUGAAAUACAACAAAUUCCAACCGCCACCAGGAGCUUGCGAUAAUAAUAAGGGAACUUGUAACGGUAAUAUUGCUAUGGAAUCACCUAUACAUCAAAAAGGAGCUUUGGAGAAUGAAGUGAAAGAGAUAAGAAGAGCUCUGAGGGCAUUCAAUAACAAACUUUACGAAAAGGACGUUACCACAAAGAUUAGUAAAGAGUGGAGAGCUGUCGCAUUGGAUAUUAUUAUCCAAGUUAAUAAGAGAAUAUAUGAAAAAGAUAGAAAAGGGAGAAAAAGAGAGAGAGAGAGAGAGAGAGAGAGAGAGAGAGAGAGAGAGAGAGAGAGAGAAAAGAAAGAAAGAGAGUGA